AAAGGAUGUCUAGAAAUCUACAAAAAUGAUAUUAAGCUUGACCCAUAAACACAAAAGGGGCAUUCUUUAGAAAGUUGGGAUAUGAAACUUGGCCCAUUUGAAUUGACUUGUUUUCGUUACCCCAUUGGGAAGGGGUCCAAGACUCCAAACCCCAACCGACCCGGUUCAGGCAGUUUUCUUUGGGUGAUUAAUUUUGUCUAUUUGUAUUUAAUAACUAUAUUUGCAAAAUGGCACAACGGAGCGGCACGUCCCUGUCCCCCGAAAUCUGUGAUUCUCAUCAUUUGACAUUGAAAUUUAAAAUGCUCUCCUCUGCUCUCCGGACUUUGACGACGCUACCAUCCACUUCCAGGAAUCUUCGUCUCCUCCGCCUAAAUCCUUGUCCUUCUUCCCGACCAUUUUCCGUCAAAAUGUCCGCUCACACUCAACCCAUCGAGCACAUCGUCCUCUUCAAGGUCAAAGAGGGUAUCGAUUCAUCCAAGGUAAACGACAUGCUCAAUGGCCUCAACGGCCUCAUCUCCCUCGACCAAGUCCUCCAUCUCACCGCCGGCCCCAUUCUCCGCAACCGCUCCUCCUCCUCCUCUUUCACUCACCUCCUCCACAGCCGAUAUCCUUCCAAGGAGGAUCUCUCCAUCUACUCCGCCCACCCUGCUCACAUGAACGUCGUCAAGCAAUUUGUUCUUCCCAUCUGCGAUGACAUCAUGGCCGUCGAUUGGGUCGCCGAUGCUUUGCAAGGCUCUCUCGUCCCACCUCCUGGGUCCGCCCUUAGAGUUACCUUCCUCAAACUCAAGGAGAAUCUGGGCGACGAAGUCAAGGGCCAGAUCUUGGAGGUCAUUGCAGGGCUGAGGGAGAAAUUGGGGCCCAAUGUCCAGCUGACGGUGGGCGAAAACUUUUCCCCGGCCAGAGCCAAGGGUUUCUCAAUUGCUUCGAUUGCCAUUUUGCCAGGGCCAAAUGAGUUGGAGGCGGCGGCUUCAGACAAAGAGAUGGUGGAAUUGCAGAAAGAGAAGGUCAGGGAGCAUUUGGAGAGUGUAAUUGUGGUGGACUACGUGGUUCCGCCGCCGCAAACGGCAAGUCUCUAAACCCAUCUAUGAUCGUCGCCACAAAGUUCCUGGUGAACAAUGUCUGUCGCGAAGUGUUGAAAUUGAAUAAAAGCGUCCACCAUUGGUGUAUGAAUGACAGACGCACUUUUGAAAUUUUAGCAUUUUAAUGUUUUUGGGUUUCUGCUGUCUGUUGCAUUUAAACUUGAAAAUUUCAGUAAAAUUUAAUGUUCCAUCAUUCGAAAAAGAAGAGCAACGGAAUAAAUACAAGCAAUUAUCAAA